AUGGACAUCGAUAUGAAUAGCAAGGAGGAAGGAGGUCUUCUCACCUCAGGGUCAGACGAGGAUGAUGAUGAAUUUCCCCAAAGCUUCCCAAAAGCAGAGUUAGACAUCGAGGCUUUGGCAGAGAAACUGGUUCUAUCGGGAGAGCGGAAAAACAUCGCCGAUGAAUUCUCUGUUUCAAAUACAUUCCUUCUCGACGGAGAUUCCUUGCUGCUUUUUAUCAUCUUCAACUCAUCGGUGGACGUCAGUUACGGAGGGCAGUACUUACAUCUGGUGUAUGCAGUCGAGAGGUUUCUGGGAAUGCUCUUCGAAAGAGGGGCAGUGCUCGUUAUCAUCUUCUUCGAAAACACGCUGAAAUUAUGGAAUGAAAAUCCGACUCUACUAUUAGCAAGACAGGUCAUUCACACACACCUGGAGAAGAACUCGUCCUGUCGCGUUCUCUCCUUUCCCUCUAGUUGUCAUGUGGACUUCCAAAAUCGCAUGAAUGCAUCGGUGCUGUGCCAUUCUGGAGAUGUUGAUGCAAAAGGGAUUCCAGCCAUCAUUCCAUUAGGCAUUAUAUCCUGUCUCAAGGCUGCCCCUCUGUCGGUGGUCACCGCGAGGGAAAUUCUGGGCGAGAAACCAGAAGAAGAAGAAGUGGACUUAUUACCCAUCCGGGCGGAAUGUAUUUUCAAGUCAGUGCUGCUGGUGCAGAAAUUCCUACCGAAUUUUCAGGCACCAUUGACUGAUGAUCUACCGAACCUCCCAUUCUUGAAGGAAGUUUCAUGGGAAGAGACGAAUAUGCCUCCUGACUCACUAAAUAUAUUGCAGAAACUGAAACUCUCCAUUGAUGAUGUGAAGAGGAAGGAUGGGGAAUCCAGUAUCCGCUUUCAAAUGUUACACAUGGGCCCACACUUAAAGCGUGAGUACAGAACCGAUCCCGAUCCCAGGAUCGACAAGUUUAUUCCAGACACGUGGCAAAGGCAAAUGUUCGAUGCUAUCGACAUGAACCAGUCAAUGCUAAUUGUCGCCCCCACCUCAUCAGGCAAGACCUAUGCAUCCUACUACUGCAUACGCAAGGUCCUCCAGAUGGAUAACGAGAGCGUUGUCUUGUACGUAGCGCCGACAAAAGCUCUUGUGAAUCAGGUCGCAGCGACCGUAUACGCCAGUUUCAAUCAAAAGGUGAUGCCCGCUGGGAAGGCUGUUCUCGGGGUCUUCACCAGGGACUAUCGAGAGAACGUGCUCAACUCCCAGGUUUUAAUUGUCGUGCCCCAGACAUUCGAGAUCCUCAUGUUGUCUCCACAGAUGCAAGAUUGGGUUUCCAAGCUCAAAUACGUGAUCAUGGACGAAAUCCAUUGCCUGGGAGAGGAAGGAAGUGGGGAAGUUUGGGAACAACUUCUACUUCUCAUCCCUUGUCCUAUACUGGCACUCUCUGCCACCGUUAAGAACUACGAGUCCUUCCACGAAUGGAUGCAAACCAUCGAAUAUGUUAAAUCGGAAAUCGACAAGAAGUUGAAUAAAAGGCGACAGGGACCGAAAGCAUAUCAAGUGCAGCUGAUUGUUCACGAUGAGAGGAAUGCAGACCUUGAACCGUUUUUGUUUGUCAUUUCUAAUGAGAAUCAGCAAAUGCUUUUGCCUAUAAAUCCUAUGGGGCUGAUGACUUCAGAGGAAAUCAGGAGAUCUGGGAUACCAAGCCAUCUUUCCCCAUCGCCUAGGCAAACUCUUGCGCUGUUUGAUGCACUGAAGAAACACCUUCCCACAGGAUCAACGGACGGUGUCGAUCCCGAAGACAAAUUCAAAGCUCAAGCAUUCCCGACCCGCACGGAAGUGAAGGAGUACGCGCAGUUGCUGCUGAAGAGACUCGAGGAACUGGCGAUCCAGCAUCCCGUGGACGUAGACGAAGCAUUGCGUAGCCUUAAUGCUGACUUGCGUGCUGUUCGAGGUGAUGAAGGCAUCAUUAUUAGCCCUCUUCGGACCCAAUUGGCGUUGGUAUUUCAUCUCAAGAAAAUCGAUGGUCUUCCGGCUUUGAGUUUCAUCGAUGAUAGAAAGAAAGUCGAGUCGUUCGCACGUUAUAUCGCAAAGUACCUGGAGGAGGGGGAGUCGCGCGAUCAAAAAUCAAAAGUUAUUCCGGUGGAAAAAUUAAAAAAAACGAAUGAGAAGCCCCCGCGAGAGAGAAAGAAAGAAAGAGAAUUAACCCAGCAGGGCAGGAUGAGAGACUUCAAGGCCGAAUCAAGGGCAAACUUGAACCAGAGGACAGUUCCAAAUUUCUUCAUUGAAUACAAACCCUCCUCGGAAUGGACCCUGGCUGCUUAUGAGAAUGUUUCUGAGAAGGAGUUUGAAUAUCUGUCGCAGCGGUUGAUGCGAUUGAAACCUGUAAGACCUCAAGUUUGGCGCCUGAAUGAAAGGAAACUAAUUGAAACUCAAACUGGGAACACGAGCGAUCCCAAAAUGAAGCAAAAGGUUGCCCCAAGUCGAAAUUCAGCAAAAGAAUUCAUGGAAAUGCUUAUUCGAGGUGUUGGCUUCCAUCAUGCCGGCAUCGAUAACAAGAUGCGAUCCACGGUCGAGAUGCUGUUUCGCAAGAAGUUCCUCCAGUACGUCUCCGCGACGGGAACGCUUGCCAUGGGCAUCCACAUGCCCUGCAAGAGCGUCAUCAUUGCCGGCGACUCCCCGUACAUGAACGUGCAGCGCUUCCGGCAGAUGUCUGGGCGAGCUGGAAGACGGGGAUUCGACUUGGUCGGGAAUGUUGUCUUCACAGGAGUGUCCCUGGGGAGGAUAAAAUCCUUCCUUCUGGGUGACCUCCCGAUGCUCCGGGGUAACUUCCAUUUGUCGGUUUCUCUCAUCCUUCGGCUUCUUGCAACAUCUAGUGCUGUGAGUGGAGGUGAUGAUGAAGCUCUUCUGCUAAGACAUCGAUCCUUCCUAUCCUUGCCCCUAGGAGGACUCACGUCAGACACGUGGAAAGAACAUACGGAAUACUUCUUCAUUUUUGGGCUCCUCUUCCUCAUUCAGCUGGAAUACAUAAACGUGAAGGGGAACGUCGGGGGCCAUUCUCAGUUGGCCAUGCAUUUGCAGUACCACGAGCCGGGAGUCUACAUCUUCAAGAUUCUACUUGACAAGGGCAUAAUUAACAACAUCGUCCACAAUGGAAUGAAGGACGAGGAGUUCGACGAGGAGAUGUUAGAGGACUUGGUCGUAAUCCUGUGCUACAUUUUCACAAACUUCAGCAUUCCAGAUUUCUGGAAAUCAUGCAUUGAGAAAAAAAGGAAACUGAAGAAGUGGAACUCACAAGUUUUUCUUCCAAAACUCAACCCCAAAGUCAAGAAUGUCAUUGAGGAGUAUGAAUCGAUGGUCAGGGAGACGUUUCGAUUCUCCUUGGCAUUCUGCUCGAGAGAUGUAAAAAAGCGACACGGAGAAGAAUGUAGACUUCCCCUGUCCAGGAUUGAAUUUCCAGGCAUUGCGACAUCAUCCUCCCCACCCGUAGGGAGCUUGGAGUUUAGGUUGAAGGAAUCUGCUUUGAAGGUGAAGAUUGUUUCUCAAUUUUCGGCUCUCAGUGACGUCACGGACGAAGACCUCAUCCCCAACCGACACGUCAUCCCUGACAUCAGAAUUGAGGCUUUCACGCCGAUAGAUGUUCUGCCACUCACGAAACCAUGGCAGCGACUCAAUGGCUAUGCCUGGGACUUCUACCGACACGGUAUCUAUAAAUGCAUCGAGACAGAAAACAGGAUCAGGGCUGGAGAAGCCUACAACUUAUUGGAAGACUUUCGACUCCUGCUUUGUGCCAUCACUACAAGCCUUGAAGUGCUGGACUGGGAUGAAAAAGUGACCAGAGCAUUCCGU